UUACAAGAUCUUAAAUCAUUAUAUACCAAAAAAGGAAAAGAAAGAAAAAGAAUGUAAUUUUUUUUCUCUUCAAAUCUCAUCAUUCUUAGUAUUAUUAUCCUGACCUAAUUUCUUCACGUUUAGAGAGAGAUUGAUCUGAGUAUUAUUUGUUGUUUCUAUUUUCUAGGGUUUCGAAUCUGAACCAAAUAUAACUUAUUAGACAGACAGAGAGAAAGAGAGAAAUAGAGAGAGAGGGACGAAAUGGAUGGAACCCAAGAAGCGGCAGCUACUGAUACGGUGAUGGGAGAGGCACCGUCUGGGGUUACAGCCGGGGAAGGACCACAACCACCAUCAGCAUCCGAAGGUGGUGGUGGAAUGGAAAAUAUUCCAGCGACCCUAAGCCAUGGUGGGAAAUUUAUUCAAUAUAACAUAUUUGGGAAUAUUUUUGAGGUUACUGCUAAAUACAAACCUCCAAUCAUGCCCAUCGGCAAAGGCGCCUACGGAAUCGUUUGUUCGGCUUUGAAUUCUGAGACUAGUGAACAAGUUGCAAUUAAGAAGAUUGCUAAUGCUUUUGACAACAAGAUUGAUGCCAAAAGGACUCUACGUGAGAUUAAGCUUCUUCGCCAUAUGGAUCAUGAAAACGUAGUGGCAAUCAGAGAUAUAAUACCACCACCUGAUCGAGGGGCCUUUAAUGAUGUUUAUAUCGCAUAUGAGUUGAUGGACACUGAUCUUCAUCAGAUUAUUCGUUCAAACCAAGCCUUAUCCGAGGAGCAUUGUCAGUAUUUUUUGUAUCAGAUACUCCGUGGAUUGAAAUACAUACACUCCGCGAAUGUUCUGCAUAGGGAUCUGAAGCCUAGCAAUCUUCUCCUGAAUGCGAAUUGUGAUUUAAAGAUUUGUGACUUUGGACUUGCACGCAUCACUUCGGAAACUGAUUUUAUGACAGAGUAUGUUGUAACAAGAUGGUAUCGAGCACCAGAACUCUUAUUGAACUCAUCAGAAUAUACUGCUGCAAUUGAUGUGUGGUCUGUAGGCUGCAUUUUCAUGGAAUUGAUGGACCGUAAGCCUCUUUUUCCCGGUCGAGAUCAUGUGCACCAGCUACGUUUACUGUUGGAGCUUAUCGGCACUCCAUCUGAAGCUGACUUGGGAUUUGUGAAUGAUAAUGCAAAGAGAUACAUCCGACAGCUUCCUCGUCACACUCGGCAGUCACUCACUGAGAAGUUUCCUCAUGUUCAUCCGUCUGCUAUUGAUCUUGUUGAAAAGAUGCUAACUUUUGAUCCUAGAGUUAGGAUUACAGUUGAAGAUGCAUUGGCUCAUCCAUAUCUAGCGACCUUGCACGACAUUAGUGAUGAGCCAAUGUGCAUAACUCCUUUCAAUUUUGAUUUUGAGCAACACGCAUUGUCAGAGGAACAGAUGAAGGAGCUCAUUUACAGGGAAGCCCUUGCUUUUAAUCCCGAGUAUCAGCCAUAGUAGUAAAAACCGAGUUUGUUGUUCAUCAUCAACCACCAGAUUUCAUAUUUCACCCAGGUGGGUAUUCUCGACAUCUGCCACCUACCUUCUUAAAGGCAGCCAAAAAAAGAAAAAAAAAAGGAACUGAAAGGAAAAACAAGAACGGUAAAUUGGUCCCCAUGAUUUAACGGUUAUGUAAAUAUGUGCGUCCAAAACAUUCAUGUUCUCUUAAUUCCUUCUCUUUUGAAGAUUGUAAUGAUUUCUGUGAGGGUGAUCGAGGUUAAUAUUUUUCUUUAGGGAUUUGAUGUUGGAUGGACCAACAGCGGACGAUGUAUGUUUACAUGGUUGUUGUGGAUGGACCAACAACGGACGAUGUAUGUUUACAUGGUUGUUGUAUCGAGGUAGUUAGUUUUUUGGGUGAUUUUCGUAGCAUCUAAUUUGCUACUCCCUCCGUCAUAGUUUACUUGUCAAAAUUUGGGAUUUUUUUUGUCUUAAAUUACAUAAUUACAUGCCAAAGUUUCAUAUUUUCCA